CAAAUCCCGUAGAUCGGUGGGCGGGAUUGCUAGCUGGGGCUUUUAAACGAAGCAAAAUUGCGCUUUGCCCGCGCUGUUCUUGCAGGUCCUACUGUUCCGUUGCAAUGGCUGGUGUCUCGAGGUAUAGUCUGGCCGGCAUGAAGGCGCUCCCGCUGGGGGCUUCGGAGCCCAUUGAUCUGGGCUCGCUGCGCGGGAAGGUGUUGCUGGUUUCCAACGUGGCUUCGCUCUGAGGUACAACGAGCCGGGACUUCACUCAAUUCCGAGAACUGCAGCGGCGUUUCGGCUCUCAAGGGCUCACCGUCCUCGCUUUCCCCUGUAACCAGUUUGGUCACCAGGAAAAUGCCACCAAUGAAGAGAUCCUGAAUUCCCUGAAAUAUGUCCGUCCAGGCAAUGGAUAUGAGCCCAACUUCCCCGUGUUUGAGAAGUGUGAAGUCAAUGGGGAAAAAGCUCAUCCUCUUUUCAAGUUCCUGAAAGAAUCAUUGCCUGUCCCACAUGAUGAUUCUGUGUCUCUGAUGACCGAUCCGAAGUUCAUAAUUUGGUCUCCUGUGUGCCGCAGUGACAUCGCAUGGAAUUUUGAAAAGUUCCUCAUUGGUCGUGAUGGGGUGCCUUUCAAACGGUACAGCAGAAGAUUUGAAACUAUCAAGAUGCAGGAAGAUAUUGAAAAGCUGCUUCAGCAAACUUAGAUUGGACCAGACAAAGUCUUAAUAAAACUUCCCUACAUUUCUGCUUUAGUCUAGGUUUUUAAAAGUAUAUAAUGCUACCCAUAAUGUAAGUUUAACUGUAACUUUCCAUAUUAAACUAAAUUCAUAAAUCUAGAAAAUGCAGAAGAUAGAUCUGCAAAUCAUUCAAACGUCAGGGAAUAGAACUGAAGUGUACUUAGAAAGAUUUCUACAAUGUGAGGUAGUCUUCAAUGUUACGCCCCUUUCUACAUUUCUUGUUUUGCUGUGGUUCUCUAACUGUUCGGCUGGUAAGAUUCUACUCUCCAUCAAAAUUUUAUUUAUGAUGGUGCUUCUUCUAAAUACUUGAUAAGCACCUGAUGAACCUUUAAAAUUUUGCAUGUGAAGUUGUAAAUUAUAGCAAGUAGAACAGUUUGAAAUCAGUGCUUUCAAUGCUACCAUGCACCAAUAAAAUCUUGAAAUUGCAUUAAC